GGGCGAGGGCAUCGACGCUCUCGAUCAAUUACGCCGCAGCUAACUACUUUUAAACUGUGCAACUACUUUCACACACCUUUUAUAUAUAUUUUCGAUUUGACUGACAAGAGAGAAUCACGGCGCUCGCGGUGUAGGCUGAGCACAGGGCGGCAUCGCCCGGGCUGAAACUGCGUUGCGAGCGGGACGCAAGCGCGAAAACCUAAUUAAUUUGUCCACUUUCCGAUCGUCGUAGCCCACCAGCACCGGCUGCCGCGAAAACCACAGCGAAACGCCGCCGAAGCAAAAAGCGCGCCGCGACACGACUGCGACACGAGUCGUACAUCACAACCAUGGCGGAGAUGGCCAUGCAAGACACGGCCAUGGACGAUUUGGAGAUGGACGAGAUGUUCGACAAACACCUGGAGGAGCACGAAGCCCCGUUUGAUGAUGAUCAAGCCACAGGACGCAGCAACGCAGUCCCGGCGCAUGUGCAGCAGCGCCACUCCCAGUUCGACGACGUCGACGACGACGACGCGUCCAUGGGCGACCUCGAGAACUACGAGGAGGCCGAGUACGUGCCUGGGAGUUCGCUGACGCCGCAAGCGUCCCUACCGCCACAAAACGAUCCGUUCGGCUUCCAGCGGCAACAACCGCAAAGCCAACCCUGGGGCGUGCCGCCGAAGCAAGGCAUGAAAAGAGUUGCUAGUAGAGAAUUACAACAACCUCCGACGCAAGAGGUGGCGCCUUGUGCCGCGGACUUUAAAAUAAUAAGAGUCAUCGGCAAGGGGUCGUUUGGCAAAGUCUUCUUAGUGCGACAGGUGCGCACGAACAAGACCUUCGCCAUGAAGGUGCUGAAGAAGGAGAACAUCGUUAAGCGCAAUCAAGUGGAACAUACGCGUACGGAACGUUCGGUAUUAGGCUACGUGCGCCACCCCUUCGUCGUGGGUCUGCAGAUGGCCUUCCAGACGAGAGAUAAGCUCUUCUUCGUGCUCGAUUAUUGCGCGGGCGGGGAGUUGUUCUGCCAUCUACAAAGACUGGGCAAGUUCGCCGAGCCUCGGGCUCGCUUCUACACUGCCGAGUUAGUCCUAGCCUUGGCUCAUGUGCACGCGUUAGGCGUGGUCUACAGAGAUCUGAAACCAGAAAACGUUUUACUGGACGCGCGAGGCCACGUGCGCCUGACCGACUUUGGCCUGAGCAAGGAGGGCGUGACGCUCCACGCGAAAGGGGCGCACUCCUUUUGUGGCACGCCGGAAUACUUAGCACCGGAGAUCCUAGCGAGACGGGGCCACGGCCGCGCCGUGGACUGGUGGUCGCUCGGCGCUCUAUUGUAUGAAAUGCUCACGGGGCUACCCCCGUUCUACUCCAGAGAUAGGGAGAAGCUGUUCGAGGGCAUCAAGCACGGGGAAUUGGGCUACCCCGGGCACUUGUCGCCGGACGCGAAGGCUAUCUUGCGGGCGUUGCUGGAGCGGGACCCCGCCAGACGGCUGGGUAGUGGCCCGGGCGACGCGGAUGAAAUACGAGCGCACACGUUCUUCGCGAGGGUCGACUGGGACGCUCUGUUGGACGGCACGGCGCCGCCGCCCUGGCAGCCGACCGUCGUCGGGUCGCUGGAUACGUCCCAGUUCGACCGGGAGUUUACUUCCCUCCCGAUCCACUCGCCGCCGGCGCGGGCGCACGCGAUGCCGCCCGGGAGCACGCCCCAGGACGACACGUUCUCGGGCUUCACCUACUCCGAGCGGCGGCUCCACCCCGGCGCGACGCCGAAGAGCGCGCGGCGCUGAUGAUGGAAAUUCCCCCCCGGCCGCCUUCAAGGGGCGCCCGGCCUGCCA